GUGUAGUGCGUUGUCUUCGGUGGAGGUCACAGAUAACUGCGUGGAUCGGAGUUUGCUGUCAUGGCCAAGCUGUUCGAGUCUAUUGGGAAGUUGGGGUUGGCCCUGGCCAUUGGUGGAGGUGUGGUGAACUCUGCUUUAUUUAAUGUUGAUGCAGGGCAUCGGGCAGUGAUAUUUGACAGGUUCAGAGGGGUCCAGGAUGCUGUUGUUGGUGAAGGGACCCACUUCCUCAUUCCCUGGGUUCAGAAACCAAUCAUCUUUGAUUGCCGUUCCCGCCCUCGCAACGUGCCUGUCAUCACAGGCAGCAAAGAUCUGCAGAAUGUAAAUAUCACAUUGCGUAUCCUCUUCCGGCCUGUGAGCACCCAGCUCCCACGUAUCUUCACCAGUAUUGGAGAAGACUAUGAUGAAAGGGUGCUGCCAUCUAUCACCACAGAGGUCCUGAAGGCUGUAGUGGCUCGAUUUGAUGCAGGUGAACUCAUCACCCAGAGAGAGCUGGUGUCUCGGCAGGUCAGCGAAGACCUGACGGAAAGAGCCUCCACCUUUGGCCUCAUAUUGGAUGAUGUUUCACUGACACAUUUGACCUUUGGUAAGGAAUUCACAGAGGCUGUUGAAAUGAAGCAGGUGGCCCAGCAGGAGGCAGAAAGGGCCCGUUUUGUUGUAGAAAAGGCAGAGCAGCAGAAGCAGGCAGCCAUCAUCUCAGCAGAGGGAGAUUCCCAGGCUGCUUUGCUCAUUGCCAACUCCCUGAUGGAAGCUGGUGAUGGCCUGGUGGAGCUGCGGAAGCUGGAGGCAGCUGAGGACAUUGCUUUCCAGCUGUCCCGCUCCCGCAACGUUACUUACCUGCCCUCAGGACAGGGCACGUUGCUCCAGCUGCCCCAGUGAUAACGUCCAACUUCAUGUUCACCCUCCUGCUGUUAACUCGUGCAUUGGUAGGGGCAGUUGAAGCGUUCAGUUCAAUGGACCGUUUUCAACUUCAUACACAUUCCUCCCACUCUCUCUCUAACCAACUCUGGACUGAGCACUGCUGAAUGCAUCAUCAUGGGAGACAGAGUGAGAGGAGCUCUGCAGUUGAUAAAAUUGUCAUAUUCUGUGUGUGAGGAAGUGGAGACGCUGAUUGCUUCAAAUGAAGUAACCCACAUCAAAUACUUUGUUUUCAAAAGAAGUGACAUUGCAGUAAAUUCUCUAUAGAUUUGUCUUUACUACAUUGUCAGAUUCAGAGCACUACAUGUAUGGAUAGCAACUAAGGGAUGUCUAUACAUUAUGUGAUAAAUUAGAAAUAAUAAAUGCAUUUACUCUGAAAUUUUGCUUCUUCUUGCAGGACAUUUUUACCAAACUGUGUAAAUGAGUUGAAAUCUGUGCAAUGCUGUUAUUGGCUCUGCUUUGGAUUCACUCUUCAACACGUAAUCACUUAAUGGGUUAUCUGUUUGAUUAAAAUUAUCUGUAUUACAAGUAUAUCUGCUCUCAAGCACUUGUUCCUUCAUGAAUAAUAUUGGUGCCCCCCAUAAUUUGGAAUGCAGUGUGCCUGUCAGAAGAUGGCGAUUUCUUUAUUGUUAUCGCUGUGUCUUUAGUUUGUGUGGAGCCCCAUGUUUCAAAAUAGCUCAAUUAAAUUAAAAUGUCUUUCUACC